CGAUGUUGCUCUCUCUAUAAAUGGCGCCCUCCUCUGGUCAUUCUUCAUCACCAAUCUCACAACCAAAGCACUUGCAAUUUAGUUAUUUCCCCUUUAAUUCCUAUUUUCUGCUUAUCAAGUUUAAUUUAUUCCUCCUCCUCCAAUGGCAAGUGUUGAUGAGACUGCAGCAGCAGCAGCAGCACAAGUAGUAGAGCCAACUCCUGCAGCAGAGGCACCAAAAGAAGAGCCAAUAGUAGUAACUGAAGCUCCACCAGCAGCAGCACAAGAAGCUGCUGCUACUGAAGAAGUUAAGCCACAAGAACCUGGUGUUGAAGGGAAACCAGCUGAAGCUGUUGAGGAAAAACCAGCUACCACUGAAGUUCCAGUUGAAAAGAUAGAAGGAUAAAUAGAGAGUUUACUGUUAGUGAAUCGUUAUUGUAUUAUUAUGCUUUGACAAACAUGCAUGUUUGUUUCUAAGCAUAAUAAGGUUUGGUUGUGAGUGGUGUUGUCUUUUUUUUUUGUUUUUUUGUUUACUACCAGCUAGCAAUUACUUGAGAGUGCUAGCUGCUUUUGGUUUUAGAAAAUGGAGAGGGUUGGUUUUUCCAGUCCUAGAUAUGGAUGAUCAGUUUGUCUGUCUACUCACUUGAUGAUGAAGAUGAGAUUUGAUCUCUGCAGUUGAAUAAGAAUUGCCUUCUUCUUUGAA